AAGGGAUUAAAAAAGUGUAAAAAAUAAUUUAAGGAUCAAAAAGUACAAAAAAUAGUUUAUGAACCAAAAAGUACAAUUUAAUAAAGUUGAGGGAUAAAAAAGUAAAAUUCAAUGAAGUUGAGAGACAAAAAAGUGAAAUGUAAUGAAGUUGAGGGACAAAAAAGUGAAACUCAAUGAAGUUGAGGGACCAAAAUUAAUAUUUAACCAAUUUUUUUUUAAGUGGCGGGAGUUCGAAAUUUUUGAUUUUCAUCUCAAAUUAAAACUUAGUGGUAGCAACCCGCCAAAUAUUUGGUUAGCUGUUUGUUUUACAUAUAUUUUCACAAAAGUCAAAAUCCAAAUUUUUUUAAUAAAAAAUUAGAAAAUGGCCGGCUGUUGUAUCGCUGGUGGUACUGCUGUUGGUACUGCUGUUGUUGGCAAAUGUACAGAGAUCCUGGUUGAUCCACUUUUAAAGCUAAUCUGGAACCGAAUCACGCGUGUGUUCAAGUCGGGGUCUAAUGUAAAGACUCUGAAGGAAAAGGCAGGGAAGCUGGUUGCUGAAAAACAGCGUGUGCUGCAAUUUACUGAAGCUGCUGGACGAAGAGGGGAAGAGGCCGCACUGAAUGUCAUGAAUUGGCUUACAAGUGCAGAGGAGUACAUUGGAGAGCUGGAGAAGUUAGGAGAUGACGAAGACAAAGCAAAGAAGAAGUGCUUCGCUGGGUUGUGUCCUAAUCCCAGGGCCCGUUACCAAAUUAGCAAGAAAGUAGAGGAGUAUUUGGAGGCUGUUGCUCCACUUCUAGAAGAAGCUGCCGGAUCCGGGUUCCUAGUUUCCUACCGGCUUCCUCCAAAAGAGAUAUCGACCGGAGCAGCUGAAGGUUUUGAGCAAUUUGAAUCAAGAAUGCCGACUCUGAACCGUGUUAUGGAGGCCUUGAGAAGUGCUAGUGUUGACAAGAUAGGCAUCCAUGGGCUGCCUGGGGUGGGCAAGACCAUGUUAGCCAAAGAGGUUGCUAGACAAGCCGGGGAAGAGCAGUUAUUUGAUGUGAUAGUUAUGGCUUCUGUGAAAAAGGAUCCAGACUUGAAGAAAAUUCAAGGAGAAAUUGCAGAUAAAUUAGGUCUACAGCUCCAGGGGGAGACUGAAUUUGGGAGGGCCAUUCAACUAAAGGGGUAUUUGAAUAAAAAGAAGAUUCUUGUGAUUUUAGAUGAUAUCUGGGCGAGGCUAGAUUUGGGUGAACUUGGAAUUCCAUUUGAAAAUAAGAAGAGUGAGGCGAGUUCAACUGAAGAAGAACAGAUGCUGUGCAAAAAAAAAACUGAAGAAGAACAGAUGCAAUGCAAAAUUCUCCUCACAUCUAGAGAUCUCAAUGUUUUAUCACGCAUGGGUACUCGUGAAAACAUCGAAGUUGGUACGUUACAAGCUGAAGAAGCAUGGGCGCUUCUGAAGAGGAUCGUUGGUGAUGAAGUUGAAAACUCUGAGUUACUGCCUACGGCAAAAGAGAUAGUGGGAAAAUGUGCUGGGCUGCCACUGGCUGUUGAAGCAGUAGCAAAAGCUUUGAAAGGUAAGGAUGCUCAUGUAUGGAGGGAUGCUCUAGUACAACUGAAAAGGCCCUGUCCAGAGAGUUUCACGGGGAUAUCUGCAAAUGUUUAUUCAGCAAUAGAAUUGAGUUACAAUCAUCUAGGAGGAAAAGAGCUCCAGCAAACUUUCUUGCUUUGCUGCUUGUUGGGACACAAUUCUUCUAUUGAAGACUUGCUAAUGUAUGGAAUCGGCUUAGACUUAUUUGGUAAUGUCAAGACAACAGGAGAAGCUCGAGACAGGGUACUAACAUUGGUUAGUAAUCUAAAGUCCUCUUCUUUGCUGCUUGAUGGUCGUCACAAUGGUUUGUUUGAUAUGCAUGAUAUUGUCGUUCCUAGAUUGGAGAAACUAUCCUUGACAGGCAAUGACAUUGAAAUGAUACGUAACCGCCCAUUUCCAGAAAACAUCUUUUUCCAUGUUAAAUCUCUUGAAGUUCGCUGUAUUCACGGUGAUUCAGCGGCUUUACCAAUCAUCUUCCUCGAAAGGUUCUGCAAUUUACAAAAGCUUCAAAUAGGUUGUUCUGAGAUCAAGGAGUUGUUCCCACCUGUAGCAUCCACUGAUUCUUCGGAAAAAGAUGUGGGAGGACGCUUGCAUAAGAUUACAAAGUUGGAGCUGAAUCAACUUCUUAAGCUUAACUAUAUAUGGAAACAAGGCCCACCAUCAAAUUUACUCUUUCAAAAUGUUAAAUCUCUUAAAGUGCUGUCUUGUGACAGUUUGAUCAGCUUAUCAGAAUCUACCGCAUCUUUCCAAAAUCUCACCACUUUGUCGGUGAAAAGCUGUGAAGGGUUAAUAAACUUAUUUUCAUUUGCAACAGCCCAAAGUCUGGUGCAACUCCAAAGUAUGAGUGUAGAGAAGUGCCACUCUCUGACAGAAAUAGUUGGAGGCGAAGGAGUUGGAUUAGCAGAUGUGAUUGUUUUCAGCAAAUUAAAAGUUUUGAAACUCAAGGGCUUAACAAGACUCGCAAGCUUUUGUUCUACAAAUUUCACAAAUUUCACAUUCAAUCUCCCAUUGUUGGAAGCACUAAUGGUGGUUCAAUGUCCCAAGUUUGAGACCUUCUGUCGCGGAGUCGUGAGGACUCCAAGCCUGCAGAGAAUAUUUACACAACAAGACGACGAAGGACGGGAGGUGGUUGAGCUGAAUAGGACCAUAAAUCAAUUGUACAAAGAAAAGGUCGGAUAUGCUGGGUUACAAGAUUUGAACCUAUCAGAGUUUCCUUGGUUAAUGGAAGUGUGGAACAAGAAUCCUAAACAAUUCUUGGAUUUCACAUGCCUUCGUGUCCUCAAAAUUUGUAAUUGUGGUAACUUGAGAUACCUCUUAACUCCUUCCUUGGCAUUGAGCCUUGCUGAUCUCCGAACGUUGGAAGUACAAAACUGUGAAAUGAUUGAGAAAAUAAUAACAGAAGAGGGAAGUACGGAGGUAGCAGAAAAUAAGAUGAUAUUCCCUCUGCUAGUCACCAUUAAUUUGGGGUCAUGUUUCAACUUAACAAGUUUCUGUUCGGCAAGUUAUGGACUUGAGUUUCCAUCUUUGUCAGACAUGCGUAUAAUUGAUUGUCCAAAGAUGGUCACAUUUCCUACAACAUUUUCAACAGUGCAAGUGAAGGAGGCAGUUGAAGGUGGAAGUAAAGAAAGGACUGGCAAGCAAUAUGCUGAUAUCCCUACCGAGCCCUUUUUCAGUGGUCAGGUUGAGUUUUCCAGCUUUCUGCGGUUGGUACUGUCCUUAGUGAACAUGCAACAAAUAUUCAACAGACAACUUUCAUCAGCAAUGUCUUCUGUCAUUCAGAGUGUAGGAUACUUGACUGUAUUUGGAUGUGAUAAUUUGAAAUAUCUAUUUACCUCCUCAAUGAUUAAAAGUCUGGGGCAACUCGUAUUGCUAGCGAUUCGUGAUUGUAAGAUGAUGAAAGAGAUAAUAGUGACAGAAGGAAUAGCAGAAGAAGAAGAAAUGAUGUUUCUUCGUAACCUUGAAACACUAAGGCUUGAAGGCCUUCCCAAACUCACAGGAUUCUGCCAUCGAAAUUGCUCAGUGUUCCCCUCCCUAACAGAGCUUGCUCUAGUCAAGUGCCCUUUGUUGGAGACGUUCAUCUCUAGUCCUACCAUUGGAGACACAAGUCACGUGACAACAAGUAAAAAUGGAGAAAAUGCUUGUAAAUCACCUCUAUUUGAUGCGAAGGUUGCAUUUCCCUGUUUGGAAGAAUUGACAAUCACUGGAUUGGAGAACUUGAGGAUCAUAUGGCACCACCAACCUCCUGCAGAUCCAUUUCGCAAACUAAAAUCGUUGGUUAUUGGAAAUUGUGGGAAAUUAUUGACUAUUGGUUCAUCUGAUAUACUAGAAAGAUUAUGCAAAUCACUAGAGGUGUUGAAAGUAAUUGCUUGUGACAGUCUAGAAAAGAUAUUUGAACUUGGAGAAGUAAGCAUUGAAUCAAGGACUAAAAGUCUGGGGCAACUCAAACGGCUAGAGAUUCGUGAUUGUAAGAUGAUGAAAGAGAUAAUAGUGACAGAAGGAAUAGCAGAAGAAGAAGAAAUGAUGUUUCUUCGUAACCUUGAAAUACUAAGGCUUGAAGGCCUUCCCAGACUCACAGGAUUCUGCCAUCGAAAUUGCUCAGAGUUCCCCUCCCUAACAAAGCUUGCUCUAGUCAAGUGCCCUUUGUUGGAGACGUUCAUCUCUAGUCCUACCAUUGGAGACACAAGUCACGUGAGAACAAGUAAAAAUGGAGAAAAUGCUUAUAAAUCACCUCUAUUUGAUGCGAAGGUUGCAUUUCCCUGCUUGGAAGAAUUGACAAUCAUUGGAUUGGAGAACUUGAGGAUCAUAUGGCACCACCAACCUCAUGCAGCUUCAUUUCACAACCUAAAAUCGUUGGUUAUUGGACAUUGUGGGAAGUUAUUAACAGUUGGUUCAUCUGAUAUACUAGGAAAAUUAUGCAAAUCACUAGAGGUGUUGAAAGUAAUUGCUUGUCACAGUGUAGAAAUGAUAUUUGCUCUUGGAGAAGUAUACAUCGAAAAGUCACACGGUGCGCAGGACACCAUGUUAAGCGAAUUGAAUAUUGAGAAUCUAUCAAGAUUGAAGCAUGUGUGGAACAAAGAUCCCCGAGAUAUUCUCAGUUUUCAAAACUUGCAGUCCGUGAGAGCUGUAGGUCAUCCGAACGUCCAAAAUAUGUUUCCAGCUUCAGUGGCUAUGGGGUUUCAGCAACUUGAAGAGUUCGGCUUAGUCAAUCGCGGGAUAGAGACAGAGAGAGUCGUAGCAUUCGAAGGAGAAGAAGCAGCUCGUAGAUUUGUCGUUCCUAGAUUGAAGGCACUGUCACUAACAAGUGAUGACAUUGCAAUGAUAUGUAAUGGCGAAUUUCCAGAAGACCUCUUUUCCAAUGUUAAAGUUCUUCGUCUUCUCUGCUACCACAAUGAACCAGCGGAUUUUCCAUCCCGUUUUAUUGAAAGAUUCUUCAAUUUAGAAAAGCUUUUUAUUGGUUGUUCUUCUUUCAAGGAGUUGUUCCCUUCUGUGGCAUCCAUUGAUUGUCAGGAGAAAGAUGUGGGAUGGCAAUUACGUAUUAGAAAGUUGACGCUGGAUGCGCUCUGUAAUCUGAAGUAUAUUUGGAACCAAGGCUCACCAUCAGACCUACCAAAUCUUAAAUCUCUUAAAGUGCAGAGGUGCGAUUGUUUGAUUAGCUUAUCAGAAUCCACAGCAUCUUUCCGAAAUCUCACCACUUUGUUUGUAACAAGCUGUCAAAAGUUAAGAAACUUGUUUUCAUCCACAACAGUCCAAAGUCUGGUGCAUCUCCAAACAAUGAGGAUAGAACAAUGCAAAUUGCUGAGUGAAAUUGUUAGGGAUGAAGGAGAUGAAUUAGGACAUGUGAUUGUUUUCAGCAAAUUAAAAGUUUUGGAACUAAAAUGCUUAACAAGACUCGCAAGCUUCUGUUCUGCAAAUUUCACAUUCGAGUUGCCAUUGUUGAAAGAAUUAAUAGUGGUUCAAUGUCCCAAUUUUGAGACCUUCUGUCAUGGAGUUGUGAGGACACCAAACCCACAGAGAAUACAAUUAACAGAAGAAGUUAAUUUGUGGCAUUCGGUUGAGCUGAAUAACACCAUAAAUCAACUGUACAAAAAAAUGGUACGAAUUGAGCCUUUCACUGUCUCUAAUUGCAAUUUUCUUGCAGGCCCUUUAUUAAUCCUUUCAUCAACUGCAAGGUGAAAGCUAUUGCUUCCAAUUUUUUUUCUCCUUCCAUUUUUCUCUAUUAAUUUAUUCGGAUUCUUAUGUUAUAGCUAUCAAUAUGUAAUUGGUAGGUUG